AUGGCUCUACAAUAUGGACCGAAGGGGGUUCGGUUCAAUGCUAUCAACCCUGGCUGUACAAAAACAGUAAUUUUUGAGAAAAAUGGAUUUACUGGAGAACUCAAAAAAUUGCAUGAACGUUGGGUAAAGAAAACAACUCCUUUAGGGCGUUUCGGAGAGGUUCACGAAAUGUCGGCAGCAUUAAAAUUUCUGGCUAGCGAAGAAGCUUCUUAUAUAACAGGGGUUUGUCUAAUGGUGGAUGGUGGCUGGUCUAUUGCUUCUUUAGGAAUGGAUCAAAUAUAA